AUGGUAGAAAAAGGAAAAGUGGUGCAAGAUACAAAAAGCUGCGAGAAGAGCAUGAAGAAAAAGAGAAAAGACUCAUCUACUUCAACUACUACUCUCACAUUAAUCACAAGUACUAUUACUUUAACUACAAGUACUUCAACGAGUUCAACUUGUCAUCCUAAUACUGAAUUAGAUAUUACGCCUAGCCCUACCAUUUUAUCCGUUUCAACACCUUUAGAGCUAGAGAAAGGAAACCACGCAGGUGAUGCUAGAAAUCUGAUUUCAAUAGAUAUAGCUAAAUGUACAGCUCCGAAAUCUCUUGUAUCUCUUGAUGAUAUAACUGUAAAUACAGAUCCUGCCAAAUGGAUAAUGAACGAGACGACAAUAGACCAACUACUUUCGAGAGACAUCGAUCAGAACAUACCCGAAGAUUUUUCUGUCACUAGAAGGUAUUACUCCUCAGUAAGUGGAUAUUGGUCAUUGACAAAACUUGCAUUUGAGAGAAAAAUAAAAAAUGGAAAACUGCACAGAAAAUAUUUAUGCUAUUCUUCGAGUAAAAAGGCACUUUUUUGCAUUCCGUGUCGUUUAUUUGGUAAUGGUAGUUCAAAAUUUGGUACAGAUGGAUAUGAUGAUUGGAAUAAUGUACACAGCGGCCUAACCUCCCAUGAAAAUUCCUCAGAGCAUGUUCAAAGCUCUAGCACUUUUUUAAACAGAAGUAAGUUGAAAAAUCAAAUAGAUAAAGGGCUCCAACUACAAAUUCAAAAUGAAAUGAAUUAUUGGCGAAAUGUGCUUCAGCGAGUUGUAGCGGUAGUAAAAAAACUUGGUAGUCGAGGAUUGUCAUUUAGAGGGAAGAAUGAGCAAUUUGGGUCAAAUAAGAAUGGGAAUUUUAUGAUGUGCUUGGAGCUUAUUGCGGAAUUCGAUCCUUUUAUGUCUAAUCAUUUAGCUACUUAUGGAAACCCGGGUCGGGGUAAAACAUCCUAUCUGUCUUCUACAAUUUGUGAAGAGUUUAUUUCUUUGAUUGCGAAAAAAGUAUUAAAUGUGAUUAUUGACGAAGUAAAUCGUAGUAAGUAUUUUUCCAUUGUUGUUGAUUCAACGCCCGAUAUCAGUCACGUGGAUGAAUUGUCGUUUGUAAUCAGAUAUGUAAAACGAGAAAUUCAAGAAGAUACGCCAGCUGAAGUUGAACGAUUUUUAAAAUUUAUACCCAAUGUUGGACAUAAGGCAAUAGACAUGCUAAAUGCAGUUACAGGUACACUCGAAGAAUUUGGUUUGAAUUUACAGGAUUGCCGCGGUCAAUCUUAUGAUACUGCCGCAAACAUGUCUGGAUGUUACUCAGGAUUAAAAACAAGGAUACAAAAUCUAAAUCCACUAGCAAUUUAUGUACCAUGUGGAGGACAUAGUCUAAACCUCGUUGGAUUGUCCGCUGUCGAUUCUAUCAAAGAAGCGGCAUUUUUUUUUGAUUACUUAGAAGCCAUCUAUGAUUUUUUUGCAAAAUCUACUUAUCGGUGGCAAUUGAUGAAACAGAAAUUAAAACCAAAUCAGAAGGUAGUAAAAAGAGCUACUGGAACUAGGUGGUCUAGUCGUUAUAAUGCAUCUUCUUUCAAAAAUAGCUGGGAAGAAUUUAUGGAAACAUUGAAUGAUGUAGAAAAUAAUAAUUCUGAAAAAUACAUAAAUCGUAGAAAAGCUGCAGGUUUAAAAAACAACUUGAGUACAUUUGAGUCGGUCUUUAUGGCCGUAUUUUGGACUUCUUUGUUGGAACGAUUCAAUAAAACAAGCACAGUUUUACAAUCAACAUCAGCUAACUUAGAACAUGUUGUUGAUCUAUACAAAUCUUUAAUUUAUUAUGUGAGUGAAAUAAGAUCUGAUGAAAUGUUCCAACAAUUCAUUGAUGAAGCAAAAAAAAUUAGAAAAGAAGAAUAUGAAUUGGACAAAAAAACGUCGUCUUACGCGACCCCUUUUAUGCGACGAACUAGACGAAUGCAGUUCUAG